AUGAGCGGCCGCGCCCGCGUGAGGGCGCGGGGCAUGGCCCGCAGCCCGGGCGCCGCGGAGGUGGGGCGCGCCCAGGGGCAUCCGUCGCCUCCAUCUGUUGCACUUAUUGAUAACGAAGCAUCCUCUAGCAGUGACUGUGAUAGAACAAGCAGGAUUUCACAGAAAUAUGCAGGUGGUAUAUCUUUGGGUGAUUCUGGAUGUACCAUCGAGGAAAGAGGUGGGAAACUCAGACGAGACAUCAUGGACUUGGCUGUCUGUACCAGGGAGAAACUGGCCCAUGUGAGAGACUGCAAAACAGGUUCCAGUGGAAUACCUGUGAAACUGGUCACAAAUCUCUUUAAUUUAGACUUGCCCCAGGACUGGCAGCUAUACCAGUAUCAUGUGACAUAUAGUCCGGAUAUAGAAUCUAGAAGGCUGAGAAUUGCUCUGCUUUAUAGUCACAGGGAACUCUCCAACAAAGCAAAAGCAUUUGAUGGUGUCAUUCUUUUUCUCUCACAAAAGUUAGAAGACAAGGUCACGGAGUUGUCAAGUGAAACCCAAAGAGGCAAGACUGUAAAGAUGACUAUCACUCUGACGAGAGAGCUGCCGGCAAGUUCUCCUGUGUGCAUCCAGGUCUUCAAUAUCAUCUUCAAAAAGAUCUUAAAAAAGUUGUCCAUGUACCAAAUUGGACAGAACUUCUAUAAGCCUUCUGAGCCAGUGGAAAUUCCCCAGCACAAAUUGUCCCUUUGGCCUGGGUUCGCCAUUUCUGUAUCACAUUUUGAAAGCAAACUCCUGUUGAGUGCUGAUGUGAGUUACAAAAUGCUCCGGAAUGAGACAGUUCUGGAGGUCAUGACAGAUCUCUGCCACAAAACAAGCGUGUCCUGCUUUACCCAGACGUGUGAGAAACAGCUGAUUGGGCUUAUUGUCCUGACAAGAUACAAUAACAAAACCUACCGCAUUGAUGACAUCGACUGGUCGGUGAAGCCCACGCACACCUUCCGGAAGCGGGACGGCACUGAGAUCACCUACGUGGAUUACUACAAGCAGCAAUAUGAUAUUACCUUAUCUGACCUGAACCAGCCAGUGCUUGUUAGUCUGUUGAAAAACAAGAAAAAUGACAACUCUGAGGCUCUGAUGGCCCACCUGAUUCCAGAGCUCUGCUUUCUAACGGGGAUGCCUGGCCAGGCGACGUCUGAUUUCCAGCUGAUGAAGGCUGUGACUGAAGAAACUCGUCUCACUCCUUUGGUAAGGCAGCAGCACCUGGCCAGGCUUGCAGAUGACUUCCAGAGAAACAAGGAUGCUCGUUUUGAACUGGAGACCUGGGGACUGCAUUUUGGAUGCCAGUUGUCUCUGACUGGCCGCGUUGAACCUGCAGAAAAAAUAAUAAUGCAAGACCACAUAUGUCAACCUGCCUCUGCGGCUGACUGGUCCAAGGAUAUACGAACUUGCAAGGUUUUAAGUGCACAGUCUUUGAAUAAAUGGUUGGUUAUAUGUAGUAACAGAGCUGAAAGUGUGACAGAGAACUUUCUGAACUGCUUAAGAAGAGUUGGAAGUCCCAUGGGAUUUAAUGUGGAUCGCCCCAAAAUCAUAAAAGUACAAGAAAAUACAGCUGCAUUUAUUCACGCUAUACAGAAGCAUGUUAAACAUGAGGUUCAGUUGGUGAUGUGUAUUCUGCCUUCUAUGCAGACGAGCUAUUACGAUUCCAUUAAAAAAUAUUUGAGCUCCGACUGCCCCGUGCCCAGCCAGUGUGUGCUUGCUCAGACGUUGAAUAAGCAGGGGAUGAUGAUGAGUGUCACCACCAAGAUUGCCAUGCAAAUGAUCUGUAAACUCGGGGGUGAGCUCUGGGCGGUGGAGAUCCCGUUAAAAUCCCUGAUGGUGGUUGGUAUCAAUGUCUGUAAAGAUGCAUUCAGCGAGGGAAUGGUGGUGGUUGGAUUUGUGGCCAGUAUUAACCCCAGAAUCACCAGGUGGUUUUCCCGCUGUAUUCUUCAGAAAACAUCAGCUCAUGUUGCAGAUUGCUUAAAAGUGUUCAUGAUCGGGGCACUGAACAGGUGGUAUAGGCAUAACCAUGGUUUGCCAGCACGGAUAAUUGUGUACCGUGACGGUGUCGGCGAUGGUCAGCUCAAGACACUUGUUGACUAUGAAGUCCCACAACUGCUGAGCAGUGUGACUGAAGCAAGUUCAAUUACCAGCCCCAAACUGUCAGUGAUUGUGGUCAGGAAGAAGGGCAUGCCACGAUUCUUGGCGGAAAGUGGCCGAACUCUGCAGAACCCACCACUUGGCACUGUUGUGGAUUCAGAAGCAACACGACCGGAAUGGUAUGACUUUUACUUGAUCAGCCAGGUGGCCUUUCGGGGAACUGUUAAUCCCACCUACUACAACGUCAUUUAUGAUGACAAUGGCCUGAAACCCGACCACAUGCAGAGACUCACAUUCAAACUGUGUCACCUGUACUACAACUGGAUGGGCCUAAUCAGUAUUCCGGCUCCCUGUCAGUAUGCACGCAAGCUGACCUUCCUGGUGGCACAAAACCUUCAUAAAGAACCAAGUUUGGAAUUAGCCAAUUCUCUCUUCUACCUGUGAUAACGUGAACGGGAGGCAUCGCUGGUGGAGGAUUCUGAGGAGCCCAUGGUGUACUCUGUACAAAUCUGCUAUAAGCUCAAGGCUGUGGCUCCGGGAAGCAGAUUGAGUGUAGUUUUAACUUCUGAGGGGAAAAAAAAAAAAAAGACAUAGCAACUGAAUCUGAAAUGGUUCAGAAGAAAUGAUGUUUUAUUUUAUUUUUUAAAUUUUUUUUAUUGAAGGAUGAUAGCUGCACAGUAUUGUGCUUAUCUCUGCCUUUCAUCAACAUGAAUCAGCCACAUGGUAUACACAUGUGUUGUUUUAUUUUAAAGAGCUUUGUGCUCAGGGUGAAUUCUCAUUGUGGUAUAUAGAAUUAAAAUGUACCAUCACCUGUAAGGAAUACCACAAAGUUAAAUGUCCCCUCAGAAAAUAAGUGCUUGUGUGAUGUUUUAAUGGUAGGGUCUAAUUUCCACCCUAAAAUUUGCAGAAGUUUUCUUAAAUUAUGUUGUAGAGUGUUUUGUUGAGUGGUUUAAGUAGUUGUUAGAAAAUAAAGAAAAUUGAAAGC